ACACCCACCUUUUCCAGUGCAGUACAAGUAACAGCCUGGGUUUAGCCUGCUCCCUGAGAACAUGUACUUGGAAAAGGUGGAUCUGCGAGCCUGCGUUCUCUUGUGGAUCAUAUGUUUUAACGUUUCCAGAGGUAUAACAUUGAACUCUACAGAGAUAACUUUCACCACUACAGUUACCAUGGAUACAAAGAAUGUGACUCCAAGUCCAACCCCAUUAGCAGCAUCUACAGCAGCCAAGGCAGAAACAUCAACACAGACAACAGACAAGGCUACAUCAUCUCCCUCCUCUUCGACUGUACCCCCCACUCUACAGUCAGCAGUCACUUCAGCUCUGUCAGUGCCUUCCUCAACCACAAUAAGAAACGAAGAUGGCAAACCGAACACUACGACUGAGCUGCUGCACAGCAAACUGAACACCACGACCAGCAGUUUUACAUCCUCUCCAGGGGCUGAACCAACUGUAAGCUCUGGAUCUACAGAAAGUUCACCCUCUGAACUAGUGACUACAUCUAAAUUGCCCCUGAUGACGUCCGCAAGGGACAAUGCAAGAACUGACUUUUCUGGGCUGACAAGUUUAUCAACUCAGACUGAAAAUGAAACAUCUUCUUUACUGGCAUCUGCUUUUCCUACUGAACAACCACAAAACAGUCUCACCAUGUUAGCUUUUGGUGUAAUGAGUCUGAUUCUGAUCCUGAUUGUCGUCAUGGUGAUUCUGGUCACUGUUGUUAAUCUGAGAGGGAAGUGCAACCAAUCCAAGGAAGCCAAAGGUAAAAAGUCUGGAGAUUCGGGUGUGUCUGAAAGCAAUUCUGCUGAUAUAGAAAAAGAAAGCAUAACAUUGGUCUCCAUGAAAAGUUUGAACAUAGAGACAGACUCGCCAAGGAUUUGCUCCACACGUCGUACAACUAUAAAAAAUGAUGAACACGGAGGAAACUAUCAUGAUGUACACAGCACAAAGUUGGUGUAACUGAUCAGCUUUACCAUCUGAGAAGACAUUGAUAUAUAUUUCAGCAAACACAGGACUAGAAACCAUCACAAUUCCACUGCUUCACGGGGAGUGGCUCACUCAACUAAUUCACUUUCAUGAUCUUCACCUCUGGAGUGGUUGCUGAAAUAAGUUUGCUGGUCUGAUCUCAGAGGACAUUAGUGUGUCAGUGUUGGGCUCAAUGUCAGUCUUUGCUUGAUAAGAGCCGGGGCUGAAAGACAAGCUAUUACCAGUCAGGACUGAGGUGUGCUCUAGCUGUGAUGGGAAGCUUCUAUAGACUGUGAUCAGUGCCAAUGUUGUGUCAAAAAACAUUUGAAUGAAUAAAUAAAUAAAUAUACAUUUCAA